CCUAUGGUUCGUCACAGAUACCUUUUGCAACGGCGUAUAGGUGACGCAAGUUGUGACGACAAAAUUUCGUCACCAAAACGUUAUGCGACGGAAUUUUACUUCUUUUGUGACGAAUAUUAUUGUUACAAAACAUGCUUUUUCUUGUAGUGUACAUAGACAUCUACCAACAACUCGAGUUAAGAUCUCUAUAUGAACAUAUUCCAACAACUCGAGUUAUCGAGAUCAGUUGAUUUAUCUAGAUCAUUCGGUUAAUUAAUUAGGUGAGGUGUCGUCUUACUCUAUUAUGUUCGGAAUAUCCAGAUCAUCGUGAAUCCUAUAAUCGAGGCGUUUUUACAUUGCUUAGUGCACCUAAGCCAUCUCCUCUUGGUAAAUGUGAAAAUUGUUAGAAGUAGAAGUACGUAUUUGUAAUUAACCAGUUUAGGGUUAAUACUCGGCCAAGUAUAUAAUGGUUGUAUGACCGAUAUUCACUUUGUAUCGUGUACGUGAAUAAUACUCAAGAACUCUUCCUUGUGCCGUGAACUAGUCUCAACGAUCAUCGUUGAGGAAACCACGUAAAUCCCGUGUCUCGUACUUAUAUUUCUGUGAUUAAUCUCUGUUUGACAAAAACAUAUUGUACAACAUGCAAGAAAGAAAAAUUCGAAACCUCCAAUUUCUAGACUAGUGAUAUUACCACUAAUUCAAACCCUUUUCGUCGCCACGUCCCUCUCUUUCUUCGGGUAAUUAGCAUAAAUAGUCACAAGCCUUUGCACUUAGUACAAAACAGUCACAAACCUUUAAUUUGUAACCAUUUGAUAACAAAACUUUUUACUUAGAACAAAAUGGUCACAAAUUAAACAGUGUGACCAUUUCAUACUAGUUCAAACUUUUGUUACCGUGUCGUUGCAAAUUAGACUUUUGGUGACCGUUUUGUACAAAUUAAGUUCAAAAGUUUGAACGCUCAAUCACAAUUACAAUUUGCACUAGUUGUAUGGUGGUUUUGUUAAUGUAUGUGAAUGAUAUGAUCGUCAUAAAGGAUGACAAUGAGAGGCAAUGGCUCACAAACGGGUUCCGAACAGCUUUUUAGUUGAAAAAACACUGUCUACUUUCUUACUUUCUUGGUAUCGAAAUUGAAAGGUCAACUGAGGGCAUUCUUAUUCGGCAAAGCAAAUAUGUCGAUGAACACAUAACCUGACAUCUUAUAUGUCGUUCAAGUGGUUAGUGUCAUAUACUUAACGAACAAACUACCCGACCUCAAAACAUGACAAACAUUUAAUUUGUAACGAUUCGGUAACAAACCUUUUCACUUAAAACAAAACGGUCACAAAUUAAAUAGCGGUGACCAUUUUAUACAAUUUCAAAGUUUUGUUACCGUAUUGUUACAAAUUAAAAGUUUGUGACCGUUUUGUACUAAGUGUAAAGGUUUGUUACCAUUUAUGCUAAUUACCCCUCUUUCUUCCCACCUCUCUCUUCGAGAUUCGUAGCCAAAUCCCUAUAGCGCCUAAAAUGAAACACCAAUUCAUUGCACCAAAUCUUAGUAUUGGCAUAAGGCAAUCAUAAAAUGAAACACUCGUCGAGAAUAAUAUUAUCCUCUUCCAUCCCUCCAAUCCCAACCCAAAAUCAAUCCAACUAUUCUUCAACCUUUUUCUCUUCUCGCUUGUUCCCUAUAUAUACCUCCACUUCCCCUCCCCAUUUCCACACAAACCAUUCAACCUUUCUAAACCCACCAUUGCCUACUGUUCAUCCUUCCUUCACAACCCCGUCAUUACUCACAUAUACUCGAUAAUCAAGACAAACAGAAAUGGAGCGAGUGUUCCAACUGGCGGCGGAGAGGCCGGUGGUGGUGUUCAGCAAGAGCACGUGCUGCAUGUGUCACACCAUCAAGACCUUGUUCUUCGACUUUGGUGUCAACCCCACCGUCUACGAGCUCGACCAGGUCCCCGGUGGCCGGGAGAUCGAGCAGGCCUUGGCUCGACACGGUGUUGCCGGUGACUUUCCUGUUGUGUUCGUCGGCGGGAACCUUGUCGGCGGUGCCAAUGAGAUCAUGACCCUUCAUCUCAAUGGUUCCUUGUCUGCCAUGCUCAAACGAGCUGGCGCUCUGUGGCUCUGAUCAUAUCAUGAGUCAAAUUUUGGCUAACUUUACUAUGCAUAAUGGAGUCUUUUUUCUUCUUCUUCUUCUUCUUCUUCUUCAUUAGUCAUCGUAAUAAUGACGAGGACGAUGAUGAUAAAACCUCUGCUUUUUUGGCUAAGCAUAGCAGAGGGAACUAAAAUGUAUACUUAUGAAUGUACGUAUAGAGAUUUCACGAAUUAGGCUUUUGCAGUGCUUUAUAAUGUAAUGCCUAAUGAUGAAUCUCACAACUUUUUGUAACAUCUCUAUCCACAUCUACUACUACUGCUACUAAUAUAUAAUAAAGUUUGAUAUAUGAGAGCUUUUCUUAUAUAUCUUCUUGUGGCUGUCCAUGAGUUGUUUGAUUGGUUUUCAUGAGAUUCAACUAGCUAUAACUAGCUACUUAAGCAUAAUUCAAACUGGGUAGGGGUCGUUUGGAUGGAUCAAUUGUGAAAUGAGACAAUUUGACCAAUUGUUUCAUUUUACAAAACGAGACAUGUAAAACGAGUCAAUUCAGAUUACCUGCCCCACCCCAGACAAUUGUAAUUGGCUCAAAAUGAGUCAAUUCAGAAUUCCCCAGCCCAAAUUGUUUCAUCCAAAUUUUCUGCUGCCAAACGGAUCAAUCUAGCACAAUUGACUCAAAACGAGACAAUUGUGUCAGAUUGAUCCAUUAGAAUUCCUCAUCCAAACGAUCCCUUAAGAGAAUCUUCAAGAUCUUGUAUGAUAUACCAAAGAAAUUACCUUCAUAAUUAAUGAUUAUAUAAAAAAAAUAUAAACCGAAGAAGCUAGCUAGCUAGGCUUAGGCUUAGCUCAUCAGGAAACAGACAGUGGAUAUAGGGAUGGCAACAAAACCCGAACCCACGGGUACCCACCCGACCCAACCCGGUCAACGCGGGUAAAAUCCGUGUUGACGGGUUUUGGGCCGGGUUUGGGUUUAAACCCGUUCACUAUUCAUCGGGUUGGGUUGGGUUUGGGUUUAGGUAAACCCGACCCAUGGGUACCCGCCCACACCCAUAUAAUUAAUUUUCUCGGUAUAUUUAAUAUUCUAAACAACUAAUCUUAUUUAUGUUUGUGGAGACAUGUCUAAUUUUUCUUUCUAAUUGUGUAGAACGAAGUUGAUGUUAUCGAGUGGAAAGUGAAGAAACUUAAUUGAAAGGAAGAAGUUUUCAAUUAAUCAUGUUAUUUAUGGAUAAUUUAUGAUUUGCUUCAAUUUUCUUGAGUUUUCUAGAUUGGUGUUGAACAAUUUGUAUAGUUAAUUUGUGAUUUGCUUGAAUUUCUAGAAUGGUGUUUUAUAUAUGAAUAAUUUGUAUUGAGAGAUUGAUAUUUGGUUUUAAUUUUGAUAGGAACUUGUUAUUGUAAUUUUUUACGAUAAAAACCCGUGGGUACCCAUGAACCCGCGGAUACCCAGCGGGUUGGGUUGGGUUUGAGUUUUUCAAAUCCAGUGGGUUUUAGCCCGGGUUUUUUUCACGGAUAAACCCAUGGGUUUGGGUUUGGCAAAACCCGACCCAACCCGACCCAUUGCCAUCCCUAAGUGGAUAUGGUCCAUGCAUAUUGCAAUAUACGUUGCUUGCAUGUCUCUCUCUGUGUUUAUUCCAUAUUUACCUCUAGCUAGCUGAUGCAAAAGUGCAAAUUGCUGCUUUGCAUUUUGGCCUCCAGGCCUACUAUAUAUAUUUUGAUUCGGGCUAGCUCAACCAGAGAGUAAUACGUACAUAUGGGUUCGACGAUUGGAUCAUAUCCAGAAGAAAUGCUCGGCCACGCAAGCUUUCAGAAGUCAGAACCAGACAAAACAGAAAAAAAAGGUGACCAUCGUGAUCACGGGGUUUUGGAAUUUGGAUGUAAUGGUGGGGCAAAUUGACAGAGCAACAUCAUAUAUGUAUGUAUGGAAGUGGAGAAAAGAAGCAGCUAGCGAGCGACGGUGGGAGGAGGAAUCACAUUCAACAAUAUUUUUCAAACAUAUUAAAUUAACCCUAGCUUAAGACUAGCGUACGUUGACAUCUUGUCUAACGCCUAAUUCGCCUAUACCUAGCUAGAUGGUGCAAGCAAAAAUAGGAGCUUAUACUAAAUGAUAUACAAUAGCAGCACUUUCUACUUCAGUUCGAAUGAUUAAUAAAAACCUACUUAACACGUAACAACAAGAAAGUGGUUAAUAGCUUGAACUAUUGAAAAAGAUUGACAGUGUAAGGGAGUGGUUAAAAUCUACACAUAUACCUCUACCAACAACGUAACUCGAGUUAUUCAGACCAGUUGGUGAAUUAUGACAUGGUAUCAGAGUCAGGUUGAAUAUGAAGUCAUAUGUUCAAGUCGUCACGACACCUGAUAUUAAUAGUCCAUUCCAGCACAUGCUAUGUUGCGCCUAUGCAAACUUCAAGUUCAUGAGUUGGCUUUCAAUUGAGGAAUGUGCAAACAAGUGGUUCAUAUCCAUAUAUGGACGUCAUCCCAACAACUCGAGUUAUGCAGACGAUUUUAUUAUUGAGAGAAGAUCUAAUUUAUAGAUAAUGUGUUUUUCUCUCUUUUGAUAUUGACUGACUAGCUCCAUCUAAUUACACGAGGUGUCAUCGUACUCCAUCAUUGUGUUUUGAAUACCCAGAUCACUAUGAAUCCCUUAACCGAAGCAUUUUUACCUUGCCUGACACACAUGCACACUUACGAGUCAUUUGCUUGAUGGUUUUGAUGAUGGAUUUGGUCAUAGAAAUCUAUCCAUUAUGGACACUUCAAUAGAAAUCCAUCGUUUGCCUUAGGGAAUUAGGGACAUGAAAUCUGUGGGGCCCACCUCUUUUGGGGUGCCAAAUCCGUGGACCCCACUGACUUGGAAGUUCCACCUCUUGAGGUGGAUUUGGGUGAUGGAUUAAAAUUCAUGAUGGUAAAUUACCUUUCUAUCCUUACUUAUUUCUUUAAUUUCAAAUUUGUCCUACUUUAUUUCAAUGUUCAUGCAACUAUAAACUUUUAUAGUGUCUUAUUUUAUAAAUAUGAGCAUUUAUCAUUUCGUUUUGAAAUAUCGUAUUUUAUUUAAAUAUGAAUGUAAUUGUUAGAUUCAACUAUAAACACCUUAUGAUCAUUGGCUGUCAAAUUCCAAAAUCGGGGAGUUAGCAAGAAGAUGAUGAGUUUUAGCAAUAAAGUGAGCAACUAAUUACAGUGCAGUUGAUAAUAAUAUUGCGUUCAUUAUUAGAUGAUUUGUUAAUUAGUGCCAAAAUGUAAUACAUUUCUAUAUUUGUAAUUGAAUUAUUAGUCCACAUAGUGGUAAAGUGUUUAAAAUUUCUUUGUAUGUUUUGGAUUUGUUUUUAAUGAAAAUUUUGGAUUAUA